GCACACACCGACCGCCCCUCGCGCGGUUCAGCGGCGGCGGGGACCCGGCGGCGGGGACCCGGCGGCGGCAGCCAGCGCCCGGUCGGACGGGGCAGAAGAGCUGCAUUGCCAACUCUGUGAUGGACUCUGCUGAGGACACAUAACAUCAUUAGUGCCCUGUGUGCUUCAGAGUCACUUUGGAUGCAGAGCUAGGUGUUGUCACCUUUUUGAAAAGAUGGUUCUUAACUCCUUUUUUGGCUUUCCUGUCAUACUCCUGUACCAUUGGGUAGGGAUAACUUUAUCUUUGAACCUUGAAGAUCCAAAUGUGUGUAGCCACUGGGAAAGUUAUUCAGUCACAGUGCAAGAGUCAUAUCCGCAUCCUUUUGAUCAAAUUUAUUACACCAGCUGUACUGACAUCCUAAACUGGUUUAAGUGCACACGACACAGAAUCAGUUACCGUACUGCGUACAGACAUGGUGAAAAAACGAUGUACAGACGUAAAUCCCAGUGCUGCCCUGGAUUUUAUGAAAGCAGGGAAAUGUGUGUCCCUCACUGUGCUGACAAAUGUGUCCAUGGUCGCUGUAUUGCUCCAAACACCUGUCAGUGUGAGCCUGGCUGGGGAGGACCCAACUGCUCCAGUGCAUGUGACCCUGACCACUGGGGACCUCACUGCAGCAGCCGUUGCCAGUGCAAAAACGGAGCCUUAUGCAACCCCAUCACUGGAGCAUGCCACUGUUCCUCGGGAUUCAAAGGCUGGCGCUGCGAGGAGCGCUGUGACCAAGGGACGUAUGGAAAUGACUGCCAUCAAAAAUGCCAGUGUCAAAAUGGAGCCACCUGUGACCAUGUGACUGGAGAGUGCAGAUGUCCUCCUGGAUACACUGGUGCCUUCUGUGAGGAUCUCUGUCCCCCUGGGAAGCACGGGCCGCAGUGUGAGGAGAGGUGCCCCUGCCAGAAUGGAGGCAUCUGUCACCACGUGACCGGGGAGUGUGCCUGCCCGUCAGGAUGGAUGGGCACAGUUUGUGGUCAGCCUUGUCCUGAGGGUCGUUAUGGGAAAAACUGUUCCCAGGAGUGUCAGUGCCACAACGGAGGGACCUGUGACUCAGCAACAGGUCAAUGCCACUGCAGCCCAGGUUACACAGGGGAACGAUGCCAAGAUGAGUGUCCGGUGGGGACUUAUGGAGUACGGUGUGCCGAGACCUGCCAGUGUAUGAAUGGUGGGAAAUGCUACCAUAUUAGUGGUGCUUGUCUCUGUGAACCAGGAUAUACUGGAGAGCGUUGCGAAACAAGGCUUUGCCCUGAGGGAGUUUAUGGUCUCAAAUGUGACAAAAAGUGUCCCUGCCACUUGCCUAAUACCUGGAGCUGUCACCCUAUGUCUGGGGAAUGCUCCUGCAAGCCUGGCUGGUCUGGACUCUACUGCAACGAGACAUGUUCCCCGGGGUUCUAUGGUGAGUCUUGUCAGCAGAUUUGCAGCUGCCAAAAUGGUGCUGACUGUGACAGUGUGACUGGAAAAUGCACCUGUGCCCCUGGAUUUAAGGGUGCUGAUUGUGGUACUCCUUGUCUUCCGGGCACAUAUGGAGUGAACUGUUCUUCUGUGUGCAACUGUAAAAACGAAGCCAUCUGUUCACCAGUAGAUGGUUCUUGUAUCUGCAAAGCAGGUUGGCAUGGUGUAGACUGCUCAAUCAAUUGUCCCAGCGGUACCUGGGGACUUGGCUGUAACUUGACUUGCCAGUGUCUUAAUGGAGGGGCUUGCAAUGCUCUGGAUGGAACCUGUACGUGUGCCCCAGGCUGGAGAGGAGAAAAGUGCGAACUCCCUUGUCAGGACGGCACAUACGGCAUGGAUUGUGCUGAACGCUGUGACUGCAGCCAUGCAGAUGGUUGUCAUCCUACCACGGGUUACUGUCGCUGUCUACCAGGAUGGUCAGGCAUACACUGUGACAGUGUGUGUGCUGAGGGACAGUGGGGUCCAAAUUGCUCGCUGUCCUGUUACUGCAAAAACGGGGCAUCUUGUUCUCCAGAUGAUGGAAUCUGUGAGUGUGCACCAGGAUACCGAGGCACCACUUGUCAAAGAAUUUGUUCCCCUGGGUUUUAUGGACACCGCUGCAGCCAGACAUGUCCACAGUGUGUACACAGCAGUGGCCCCUGCCACCAUAUUACUGGAUUAUGUGACUGCUUACCUGGAUUUACUGGAGCCCUCUGUAAUGAAGUAUGUCCCAGUGGCAGAUUUGGCAAGAACUGCAUUGGAAUAUGCACCUGCACCAAUAAUGGAACGUGUAAUCCUAUUGACAGAUCCUGUCAGUGUUACCCUGGUUGGAUUGGUAGUGACUGCUCUCAGCCUUGCCCGCCUUCUCACUGGGGACCAAACUGCAUCCACACGUGCAACUGCCAUAAUGGAGCUUACUGCAGUGCCUACGACGGCGAGUGCAAAUGUACCCCAGGAUGGACUGGCCUUUACUGUACACAGCGAUGUCCCUUAGGGUUUUAUGGGAAGGACUGUGCAUUGAUAUGCCAAUGUCAGAAUGGAGCUGAUUGCGACCACAUCAGUGGGCAGUGUACCUGCCGCACAGGAUUCAUGGGGAAGCACUGUGAGCAGAAAUGCCCUCAAGGUACCUAUGGGUACGGAUGCCGGCAGAUAUGUGACUGUCUGAACAACUCGACCUGUGACCACAUCACAGGGACGUGUUACUGCAGCCCAGGCUGGAAGGGGGCCAGGUGUGAUCAAGCUGGUGUAAUCAUAGUGGGAAACUUGAACAGUUUAAGCCGUACCAGUACUGCCAUCCCUGCUGAUUCUUACCAGAUAGGGGCUAUAGCAGGCAUUGUCAUUCUCAUCCUGGUUGUGCUUUUCCUGCUAGUGCUGUUCAUCAUUUACAGACAAAAACAGAAAGGGAAAGAAACAAAUAUGCCCUCAGUGACCUAUACACCUGCUAUGAGAGUCAUCAAUGCAGAUUACACCAUUUCAGAAACCAUCCCUCAUAGUAAUGGUGGAAAUGCUAACAGUCACUAUUUCUCUAACCCUAGUUAUCACACUCUAACACAGUGCACUACCCCACCUCAUGUCAACAACAUGGACAGACUGACCCUGGCAAAGGCAAAAAACAAUCAGCUGUUUGUGAACCUUAAAAAUGUGGAACCCAGAAAACGAGGCACCAUCAUGGACUACACUGGAACACUGCCUGCUGACUGGAAACAUGGGGGUUACCUCAAUGAGCUCGGUGCUUUUGGACUUGAUAGGGGAUAUUUGGGAAAAUCCCUGAAAGAUCUAGUGAAGAACUCGGAAUACAAUUUAAGCAAUUGCUCAUUGAGUAGCUCUGAAAACCCAUAUGCUACUAUAAAAGACCCACCAGCUCUUGUACCAAAGAGUUCAGAAUGUGGAUAUGUUGAAAUGAAGUCACCAGCACGCAGGGACUCCCCGUAUGCUGAGAUUGCCAGCUCUGCUUCAGCCAAUAAGAAUGUUUAUGAAGUUGAACCAACGGUGAGCGUCGUCCAGGGAGCAUUCAGCAGCAGUGGACGUUUCAGCCAGGAUCCUUAUGAUCUCCCGAAAAACAGCCACAUUCCAUGUCACUAUGACUUGCUACCAGUUCGAGACAGCCCCACAUCCUCUACAAAGGAGGUUGGCAGUGAAUGACCCCAAAAGCUGAAGUGUAGCACAGUGGGACUCUCAAGGGGACAAGUGGCAUGGCUCCUUCCUCUAGUUUACCAUCCUGUGGCUCCUAAUCUGUCCAGCAGGCAAUUGCUGUACAUAAAACAGGAAUCUCUACAUGAAGUUUGUAUUGUGUAUACAAGUGAUGGAUGGACAAAUGCCACACUUGGGAGACCCUGAUUGUUCUUUUCUUUUUUUUUUUCAUGGCAGUUAAUUUUAUAGAAACAGGUAUACAACACAUUUAUACUGUAAUAUACUGGCUUAAAAAUCUUAGUUUGCAGGUCGGUUUUGCUAACAGAUCCAACUUCAGCUACUUUAAACAUGGACUUGAUAUUUGUCAUGUUUCAAAGUAGAAAUACUCCCAGGACAGUGCAACUUGCCAAAUGCCACUUUAUACAGGUGAUUAGUUAUGUAGAAGAAAAACUGCCUUGCCAAAUUUUACCUUCCAUUCUGAUCUUUAGUCAAGACAUACUAAGAAACAAGAUCAGAUGGGGUGUGAGUAAGCACAAUACUGCAAUUGUUUGGGAAUUCCAUCAUCAGGCAUUUUUUGUCCCCUACUGGUGGUGGGAAUACUUUGCUUGAAUAGUUUUGAAGAUGACAAAAGCAUUGCAUACAUCAAUAUUAUAUGAUGCCUCAAGAUCUCUGGGUACUCCAAACCCAGCACCAGUCCUCAACAAAUCUUUUGCUACAUUUCAACUCCAUAUGCUGCAGUUCUGACCACUAUUUCUUCCAUACACAACUAAUAAUCCACAACAUAUCAGUAAUUACUUCAUAAAAUAUGUAAAUUAAAUCAGUUUAUUUUUGUCAGCAUGGACUGAGUGUGUAAGGAGUGGAAAAAGGUGAUGAAUUAUGUAAACCUGACUUGCAAUGAACGGUUUACAUUUUAUAAACAGGUAGUAAUAAUUACUGUAAUAUAGGGUAAAAACAGUUAAAUGUUGUGAUUUUUUUCUUAGAAAUAAGUAAGCAAUCUCUGUGCAUACUUGCUAAAGGCACCUUUUCUUUUUUUAUAGUUGAUGUAGGGAAAAACAUGCUUAAGCUGGUCUUUUGCAUUGCUAAUAAUGUGACACAUGUACCCCCAUUCUUCAUUAACUUCUGUCUCAAUUUUUAAGGUGUACGUCUGUGUUUCUAGUGAUCUAGCUUGUAAUUGCAAAAAUAUUCUACUGUGUGUCUUUUUUUUUUCUUUUUUCUUUUUUUUUUCUUUUUUUCUUUUUUGCAUUUUUGCCAACUGGCCUUUACUUUGUCUGGUUAAAGAGACCUCUGGGUGGAGGAAGAGGAUUAAAGUAAGGAUAAUGUCAUACUGAUACUAUAAGAGGUGGUUAGCAAUUACAUAAUAGUUUAACUUUAUGAAAUGAAUUCAUUGGAAAAAUAAAAUAUCAAGGUGUUUUGUUGGGGAUAGUAACAGCGCAGAAAAAGUAAAAAAAAAAAAAAAAAAAAAAAAGAACAGACUCCCGCUUUGAAGCUUAGCUCAUUCUGUUGACCACAUCGAUGGAGACCAUCCCUCCAAAAGACUCCUUUCUCUGUUUGAAACAGUCUGAAAAAGUAAAGAUACCUUUAGAAACCUAAAAAAGAUAUUCUCAGCUGUGGCAAUAUUACUUCCAGCUGCUUCUGCUGUCAGUGAUGCCAUCCGCUGACACGCUUGUGACACAAUCCCAGCAGUCUUCACCCUGCUCUAGUACCAACUCUGUAGCUUGUUAUGAGGAGCUUAGGGAUAUAGGUAGUUGCAUUCUACGGCAUAUAAUGGGAAGCAUAAAGUCCUACUAGUCUCUUCUUUCUGCACUGGAGUCACAUUUUGGCACAGAGACCUGUGAUACACUCACUAUAUGAUGUGAAGUGGAGCUGAUAGGUCAGUAGUCUGGUGUGUGUGCCAGCUCAGCACAGGGACUGCUGUGACAGUUUUAAGGCUGGACUGCAGCAGAGCCUGAGACAAUGAAUUAUCUAUCAUGGUGGAAUAGAUGUACUCGUGUGAAAAUCACAACCAGUUGCCUUUGAAAUACUAAAUGCAACAGAGUAUCAACUGGAAAAACAAACAAACAAACAAACACACGCUUUCGGAAAUGUUUUUGAAAACAAACCCCUGGUUUGAAAUGGAAACACCAUGCGCUUUUAUUUGUUGUCAUUGAAGUGGUGAUAAAUGAGAGUUCUGCAUCAGAGACAUUGUAGCAGGUGUUCUUAAACCCGGGGAAAGCAUAUGCCUGUUUGCAGCACCCCUUAACAUUCCUGGUUCUUACUGGUUGUAAGCACUGACCCUUGCACAUCCUUGGAACAAACAACUUGAUCAGCUUUGGUCAUUGUCAGCAUAGCAAUUAAAUACAAGGUUUUAAAAGCCAGUCACCAUUUAAUCCCUCCAUAAAACAAAAUAUUGACUGGAUUUGUGUGCAUAUAGGAACAUCUAGCGCUAAUGGUAUAUACAUGUGUUUGUACUGUGUGAAACAGACUUUAAAAUAAAACCUUUCUUUGAAGCCGUGAAUAGAAAAUGCUGUAUUUGGCAAUUGUAAGCUCACAAAAAUUAUUUUCUUACUCUGUAUAAAAUUUGGAGACCUCUAGAUAAAUAAAUCCUCAUUAUAGAAACAGUUCUUUUUUAAUAUGCGGCAACAAAGAGCUCAAUACAUGAUUUUUAAUUGGUUUGAAAAUCUCCAGUAUGACACACAUUUCCUCUAGUGAUAUAUUCAGCCAGAUAUUUGUGAGAACAAAUGAAUUUCUGAUACUUUUGCCUAUUGUGUAUGUUCGAAGUAUAUACAUAGCCAUAUAUACAUAACCAGCCUUUCUGUGAGUAAAAAUCCUGCUGUGUAGUCAGCAUAAGCAAUGUCUGAAUAUGUCUGAGCUAUAUUUGCAGUACAUCUAGGUCAAGUAAAUGACUUGUGAAUUCACUUCAGCGGAUGGUUGUUGGUAGACACUUACAGAAUGGGUUGCCUGUAGGGGUAAUACAUUCCUCUUGAAUGGUAUCUUUAUAUCAUUCGUUUGAGAGGAAAAAAAGCACCUGGGACUUCUGUUUGCAAUCCUUCCAUCUCCUGCAUGGCUGUUAGGGAGGCUAGCUCUGGAGUACAUCUGUUGUCAAUUUAACAGAUUCAAAACUCAACUCUCAUGACUGUAACAGUCCUUUUUGCAGAUCAUAGUACGUUCUUAAAGAACUAGAAUACUUUUGAACAUCCAUUCUAUAUUCUGGUGGGAACUUAAUGAGUAAGUUGAUGCAAUAAUUUUAGCAAACACCAGCUACACAGAGAGAAUUGGCUUCACCACAGAUAGGAUUGGAAAGAGGUGCUUGUUUCUACAUGUUCACAUGAUAAGAGUGAGAAAUAUAGCACUGAAAAAUUGAGGUAGCUAUCCCCUAGCAAGUUGUUUAGCAGUUUAGUAAAGUGCAAAAUUCUGCACAAAGUGAAUAGCUGAUUUUAAAGCAUGUGGUAAGUAUAAACUUUAAGUUUAGAUAGUACAGGCUUAUUUAUUCUGGUCACUUAGAAGCAUAAUAAACUGCAAGGGCUUUUUAUUUUAUCAAAUAUUUUUAAUCAAAACACACUGUUAUGUGUAAACUUUGUCCUCAUCUUGAUCUACCCAGAGAACUCCCAUCAAUUUUAAUUGCAAAUGCACAUACAGAUUAGAGGAGAAUGAAGAUUUUGUUGUAAUUGUACUUUCUGCUGAGACAAUCUGCAAAGUCAAGUUAAUACUGAAAUUAGAAUAAAAAUUCAGAAGCAGAAAAUGCAUUAUUUAACAUAUGUUGAAUUUUCAAAGUACUGUGACUACAAUUGGAUAUUUUAAUUAGAUGUUUCCAAGUAGUAAUCCUUACGCUGAAGCUCCAUAAUCCAGACUGAAGAAUACAGAGCUAAUUUUGACAAAAAUGCUUUAUAUUAAAGAUUGUAUAUAUAGUAGUUUAAAUGACUGAAAACAAUUGUGUGUGUGUUUAUUAAUUACUGUAUAGAAAAUCUUUCCAUUUUUGGUACGCUUACACUAGUGCUAGAGCACUGAACCUAACACUUCUAUUUUCAGUUUUUUAGACCACAUGACUUCACUUUGAUAAGACUGAAUUGUAAUAUAUUUUUAAAGAAAACCUAUCAAGUAUGUCUGGAUUCUUCUUUUUUUUUCGUAGCUGUAACAAAGACAAAAACCUGUU